GCCGGCCGAGGGCGGAGUGUGGCAGCCGCCGGCUGCAUCCCGGGAGGGGCCGGGCUCCGCUCCCUCGGCCUCGGCGGUGCUUCCGGGAAAAGGGAGCGCGGAGGCUGGCUGGGACAACUCAUUCUGGUGACUUCUCCCAGCCCAGCUGUUUAAAACACAGCGUGCACACGUAAGAGUGAGCUGAAGGUACUGCUGAAGAGCUAUAGACUUAGAGAAGGCUCAGAACCAUGGAAAGCCUCUGUGCAGCAAAUACCACUUUUGCCCUGGACCUCUUAAGAAAGCUGUGUGAGAAGAAAAGUGGGCAGAAUCUGUUCUUUUCCCCUUUUAGUAUUUCUUCUGCUUUGUCUAUGGUUUUGCUGGGUUCAAAAGGUAACACUGAAGCCCAAAUAACCAAGGUGCUUUCUCUGAACAAAUCUGAGGAUGCUCACAAUGGGUAUCAAUCCCUUCUCUCUGAAAUUAACAAUCCAAACACCAAAUACAUCCUGAGAACUGCGAACCGGCUUUAUGGGGAAAAGACGUUUGAGUUUCUCUCAUCAUUUAUAGAGUCGAGUCAGAAAUCCUACCAUGCUGGACUGGAACCGACUGACUUCAUGCAUGCUUGGGAGGAUUCCAGGAAACAAAUAAAUGGCUGGGUAGAGGAAAGGACUGAAGGUAAAAUUCAGAACCUGUUGGCGGAGGGGGUUCUUGAUUCCCUGACCAGACUUGUGUUGGUGAAUGCCAUCUAUUUCAAAGGCAACUGGGAAAAGCAGUUCAACAAAGAAAGGACCACAGAAAGGCCAUUUCAGAUCAACAAGAAGGAGACCAAGCCUGUGCAGAUGAUGUUCAAGAAGGAUAGAUUUAACAUGACCUACAUUAGGGACUUGCAGACCAAAAUCCUUGAGCUGCCCUAUGUCGGUAAUGAACUCAGCAUGAUCAUCCUGCUCCCUGAUGCAAUCCAGGAUGAAUCCACGGGCUUGGAAAGACUGGAAAGAGAACUUACAUAUGAGAAGCUGGUAGAUUGGAUCAGUCCUGCAAUGAUGAACUCAACGGAGGUGAGGGUGUCUUUACCCAGAUUUAAACUGGAAGAAGAUUAUGAUCUGAAACCCAUUCUGAGCAGCAUGGGAAUGCCUGAUGCAUUUGACAUGGGGAAGGCAGACUUCUCGGGAAUCUCAUCUGGCAAUGAGCUGGUGCUCUCUGAAGUGGUUCACAAGUCCUUUGUGGAAGUCAAUGAAGAGGGCACUGAAGCAGCUGCUACCACAGCUGUAGGACUAAUUGCUAGAAAGAUCAUUCCAGAUUUCAUUGCUGAUCAUCCCUUCCUCUUCUUCAUCCGGCACAACAAAUCUUCCAGUAUUUUGUUCUGUGGCAGGUUUUGCUCUCCUGAGAAGGCUGGAGCACAUUUUUAGCUGCACUCCCUUUUCUUCCUCCAGUCUCAUCUAUUUAGUGCCUUGCCCUAGAGCUGAAAGGAGUCUUUUGCAUCCUGUUCCAGGUGUUGCUGAGGUCCCCGACUAGAUGGUGCUUUUGGCUAGUAACUGGACAAGGACUUAGGCAGGAAUGGGAAUGAAAGUAUGGUUUUGUACCAGAUGCCCUAAUGGGGUGUUUGUGGGGUGAGAACCUUAGUUUCAUCACCACAGGACAGCUGGGUUUAUUACCUGUCUUCUGGUUCUAGUCCUUUAAGAAAGAAUGUA